AUGCAAGCCAAAGCAGCGAUUUUAACGAUCCUAGCACUUACAAUCAUAUGUGCUAUCCCGGGCAUUUGGGCGGAUGUUAAGAAGAGAAAGAAAGAGCAGGAGAGUGGGAAGGGAAAGGGGUCCGAGAGUACGAGUGCGGCAGGUACGGCAGAUGGACAUACGUCAACGACGAUCAGGAAAGAAGGGAGUGAGAGGGCGGACACGAUAAGAUCUAGCGAUUUACCGAGCCCUUUAGGAAGUUCUGCGACUGCUGGUUUUUCUGGAAAUCAAGAUGUUGUCGUCACUGCUACUGGGACAGAAGUUCAUAAGUCGCAAUUCAUGGGCACACAAACGAUUGGGGAUGUCGCAACAAGGACAAGCGAUAGAUCGCUCGCUUCAGGGGAGGCUUCGGUGGCGGGUCGUCCUAGUUUGGUUAUGUCCAGUGGUGAUGUUGCCGGGUCUUUUGAAAGUGUUACUACUUCGAGUGAGGCGAGGACUGAAGCGAGGCCAACUGGGAGUAGUGAUGUGAGGACGACAGUGGAAGCCGCUUCUCCCUUACCGACAGCAGACGAUAAUGGCGUUACUAGGGAAGAUUUCAAGGUACUUGCUGCUACGACUAGAUCGGAGAGUCUACCUACUGGAUCUCCGGAAAUUCAUACGAGUAUUGCGAAUGACAUAAUGCCAGGUGGAAGUGCUACUGAUGAGAAGGAAAUGAUUCCUUCGUCUUUUAAAGCAACGAACAUUGUCAGUUCAAGCACGGAGUCACAUUUGACGAAGCCAGCACACCACCAUCAUAAAUCCGGCGCAAAGCUAACCUCGAAAACUACGACUUUGCCAACUUCCAAUUCUCAAGACUUCACGUCCUCGAGCUCAAAUAGUACAUCGACUCCGUCUCCCAGUUUUCAACAUACUACAGUCUCGACCUCGAACAGUAACGCAAAUACCCGUACUUCAGGCUUCACCGAUAACUUACACAACUACAAUACGACAUAUAUUUUACCAUCUAAUACCAUAUUAUCAACAUCCAAUUAUCGGGACAUGGAAGUUCUUACCACCAAGAUUGUCACUAUUACGAGUAUUAAAACGGUUGUAACGAAGAAUUUCAACAUCAGAACGACAUCAAGACGGGUUUCAAAGACGAAAACAGCCAGUGAAAUAUCCCUUGCACGAAUCACCAGCUCGGGCUUUUUGAACAGGACAAAUACGGUUACAUCUACAUCUGGAAGUGAACAUUACGACCAUUCUCGCCUCGACGAGCUAAGCGAGACCAAGAGUAGACAGAGCACGAGGGGGGUCAAUCAUGCUCGAAAUAGAGCUAGAGAUGGAACAAGUACACUCUCAACCGAGUCUGGAUGGGAUACAAUAACGGGCAUUCCAAUCGACACACUGGAGCUACCAUUUACAAGUUUUUUGCAUUUUUCAAUAGGCCCAGCUAGCACCUCAAGUACCUCACGAACUAGAAAUUCUCGCACGCUUGGUCCUAAAACUUUCCCAACAUCAACCAGUGCUGUUCUGCUGGGCUUAACUGAUUCUGAAAUGGCAUCCAUGACGACCGUACCGAGGUUCACACUCACUACUACAUCGGAUGUCACGACUACAACGGCGGAAGUAAAUGUCACGUCGGUGGUCUCUGUUACGCCGGCGCAGAACACAAGUUACCUGACGACGCUUAUUACCACGACCACGCCGGGCGUUGUCCCAACACUCGCAGCCACAGCCACGGGUCCAGCGAGUAAGAAAUUAGGGAGUCCGGUUAUUGCGGGGAUAGCCGCAGCUGGGGUUUUGGUUUUAGUGGUAGUGUUAUUUUUCCUGGGGAAGAAGAAGGGAGUGUUUGGAGGUGUUGUAGGGCGGGAUAGGAGGUCGAUGGCGCAGAGGGUGGAAGAUAGCAGGAGUGGGUUGAUUGCUGGUCAGGAGUAUCGGUAUAUAAUUGGGGGUAAUGGGAGGUGA